AUGCCCUUGGCUGGACCUGCGGGCCGUAUAGGUGAGGGACUUGAUCAGGCUCUGCCCUAUCUGACAGAACUCAUUCUCACCAACAACAGUCUUGUGGAAUUGGGUGAUCUGGACCCUUUGGCAUCUCUCAAAUCAUUGACUUAUCCAAGUAUUCUAAGAAAUCCUGUAACAAAUAAGAAGCAUUACAGACUAUAUGUGACUUAUAAAGUUCCACAAGUCAGAGUACUGGAUUUCCAGAAGGUGAAGCUAAAAGAGCGUCAGGAAGCAGAGAAAAUGUUCAAGGGCAAACGGGGUGCACAACUUGCAAAGGAUAUUGCCAGGAGAAGCAAAACUUUCAACCCAGGUGCUGGUUUGCCAACAGACAAAAAGAAAGGUGGGCCAUCUCCAGGGGAUGUGGAAGCAAUCAAGAAUGCUAUAGCAGGGCUUCCCUGGUGGCGCAGGGGAAACGCGUCAACUUUGGCUGAAGUGGAGCGGCUGAAGGGCUUGCUUCAGUCCGGUCAGAUACCUGGCAGAGAACGCAGAUCAGGCCCCACUGAUGAUGGUGAAGAGGAUACGGAAGAAGACACAGUCACAAAUGGGUCCUGA